GUGGACCUUGAGACACACACACAUACACACACAAACACACUCUCACUCUCAGGACUCCAUGAGGACCUCCACAGGCUUCCAGGAUGAGAUGGACCCCCCACGUUUCACCUUCAAUCCAAAGGAGGGGAUCGAUAACCCGGCUCUGGUGGUGGGAGACGACCCCGAGCCCCCAGGCCUCCUCGGGCCCCGCCUGUGCCACCUGAAGCGGCUGGAGGGCCAGAGCUUUGGCUUCGUGCUGCGGUCAGACCGGGCCGGCCUGGAGGUCCGGGGCGUGGAGCCCUGGAGCCCGGCGCAGCGCGGAGGCCUCCGGGACCAGGACCUGGUCCUGGAGGCCAACGAGGAGUUUGUGCACAACGGGGACCUCUGCAGGGUGGUGAGGAAGAUCCAGUCCUGUGGGCUCCAGCUGCUGCUGCUGGUGCUGAGGCGGGACGAGUAUGAAGAGGCCGUGGCGAUGGGUUUGGACCUGCAGGUCCUGGCCAGGUCCUCCAAAGGGCCCGGCUGGUCCAGACCCAGACUGGUCCACGUGGGCCGACACCCGGAGCUCGGCCUGGGGAUGACCGUCGCCUCGCUGGAAGGUUCGAGGGGCCGGUUCACCGUGGACCCGGUGGCCGGCGGUCCGGCAGAGGAAGCCGGCGUCCUGGCGGGAGACCGGCUGAUCUGGAUCAACGGGGUGCCGGCGUCCACGCUGACGCAGUCCACCCUCAACAGAACCGUGAAGCUGGCCGGGGCCUCGGUGACGGUGCUGGUCAUCGACCGCGAGGGCGAGUCCUGCAGUGCCAGGCGGGGGACGCCGGUCCUGCCCGUGGUGGCCGAGUGCCGCGGCCUGCCGCACGCCGCCAGGACCAUGCGGCUGGUCAAAGGUCACGACGGGUACGGCUUCCUGCUGAGGCAAGAGAGGAUGGCCGGCUCCAAGAAGAUAGGAAACCCUCCUCUGCGUGUGCAGUGCACGUGCUCAGGGAGGUGGAUGCAGGGAGUCCGGCGGAGGCCACGGGGAUGCAGGACGGAGACCUGCUGCUGGCCGUCAACGGGGCUCCGGUGGAGGACCUGGACCACGACGCCAUCGUCAUGGAGAUCCGGCGCAGCGGAGACCGUGUCGUCCUCACCGCCAUGUCCACGCCCGGGAGAGACUUCUACAGACAGUUGGAUAUUUCUCCCCUGUUGUUUCACGAGUACCCGGAUGAGAGGAACCAGAACCAGAAACAGAACCAGGGGGAACCCUCUGAGACGUGCAGGUCCCGGAUCAGUCGUGAACUUUAACCUCUUUUUAAGCCAGAGAGGAAGAGGAGAAGGAAGAGAAGGAAGAGGAUGACUUAAAUCUACCGGUGCUCCUCCAGACGAGACCAUGUGACCUUUUAUUUUUUUAACUCUCCUUCUGCAUGUUUGAUUAUUUUAGUACAUGUAUUAUACAGUGUUAACAUUGUUUGUGCCAAGCUUUCUGUAGAUUCAGUUAAAUUAUUAAUUAUCAUUAAAUAUUAAACUCAA